ACAGUCGUGUGAGCACAGUAGACGGCGGCGGGUGCCCCUGGCCGGCGGCGGCGAACGGCGAGCGGCCGGCGGUGUCACUUCCUCUGACGCGAGCGGCGGCCGGGUCCGGCGCGGGCAGCUGUACGAUCGAGCGGCCACUCGCGGGCGACUGCCGGGCCGAGAGACAUGGCCUCCCCCCGGAGAGCGUCCAAAGAGGCGCUGGCCAUGGUCACCAUCGACAGGAAGUCGUCCAAGAACGGCAGCGUCGACAGGCGCGUGUCCAGGGGCAGCACCAUGGAGAGGAUCAAGAUCGGACCCGUCAGCCGGAAGGGAUCGAAAACGGGAACGAUUGAUCGCAGUGCACCCAAGGGGGCUACCGCGAUGAGCACUCUGGACAGAAAGGCGCCGAAGGGAGCGAUGGCCAUGAGUCCCGCUGAUCGUCGAGCGUCCAAGGAGGCAGAGGCGCUGAGCACCAUUGACCGGAAGAUAUUCAAAGAAGCCAUGCAGAUGAAUGCAGCGGAUAGACGGGCUUCGAAGGAGGCGGAGGCACAGCAGUCAGCCAGGGGUGCAGAGCCGAGCGGAAACCCUCGUCCAGACGAUGAGCCAGACCUGGACACCUGUCUGGAGGAGGACCUCGGCUUCAACGUCAUCACCACCGGCAACAGCCCCUGGAAGGAGAAGGCCACAGAACAUGGCUCGUCAUGUCUGGCCUGGGUGAGAAAAUGGACGAGAGGACGGUACGAAGACUGGCUCUUCCUCUCCCUCCUGGGAAGUCUGAUGGGAAUCUACUCCUUCGGCAUCGACGUCACCGUCCAGGCGCUGCACAAUUUCCGUCUACAGGCGUUCAUGGCGGCGGGUGACCUGGCGAGUCGGAUGGUCGUCUGGUACACGCUCACCUCAGGAAUCGCCAUCGCCGCCGCCCUCUUCAUCGCCUGGUUCAUACCCAGCGCCACAGGAUCCGGUUUUCCCGAGAUGAAGGCCUACCUCCAGGGCGUGAAGAUGAAGAACACGUUUUCGCCGAUCACGUGUAUUGGAAAGAUUAUCUUCUUGCCGAUCACACUAUGCACCGAACUGCCACUUGGAAAGGAGGGUCCGGUAACGCACGUAGCGGCCAUUUUCGCCCUGUUCAUCACUAAAAUCUUCAAAGAUAUUUCGGCGGAGGAGCUGGAGCGUCACUCUGGCAACGAACUGGUGGCGGCGGCCUGUACUAUGGGUGCUGCCGUCUGCUACGGAGCACCCGUCGGAGGCGUGCUCUUCAGCAUUGAGGCGACUCGAUCCUACUUCGCCGUGAGAAACUACUGGAGGGGCUUCUUCGCAGCGGUGUGCGGAACCCUCUUCUACAAAUACCUCUCGCAAAUGUACCACGGCACUGACAUUUUGCCGAUGUACCAGGAGUCAUACACCCAGCCUCUGCCCUUCAACUUCGAGUUUCUCGCAAUCAGUGUCGCCAUUGGCCUGCUGUGCGGCGUGGUGGGCCCGACGUUCGUCUGGAUCCACCGCCAGCUGCUGAAGGGACUGAAGAAACUGGAAGGACUCUCCACAGAGUGCCUGUGUCGGACACCGUCCGCGUCCAGCGCCGAUGACCCGAAAAGUGCCGGACAGGGUGGCUGCUGCCUAGGGUUGAAGACCCACCGUGUGACCAUGUUCCGGUUCCUGUACACGGUCCUAGUCUGUGUGGUGGUAUCUGGCCUGAUGCUGCCCUGGGGCGAUGGUUACUCGCCGGUCAUGUCACACAUCUCGACCCGUCAACAGCUGACCGACCUGAUGGCCAACAUCUCCUGGGAGGACCGCUAUGAGAAGCGAGACGAGGGCGUCUUCUGCCCGCCGGGUAUUGGAUUCGAGAACUGCACCGCACUACUCGACUUCAACAUGACCACGACAACGACGCCGCGGCCUCCUGAAGCGCUCUCUCCGCGUCUGAUUGGGAUCAUAGGACGCUGGACGGGCAGCGCCAGCUUCAGCUACCAGACCGUUCUCGUCAUGUACAUCGCCUACUACUUUUUCGGCACGCUAGUCUGCACGACUCUGACCCUGCCAUCGGGAGCGCUGAUCCCCAUCUUCAAGGUGGGAGUGGCCAUCGGUCGACUGCUGGGAGAGUUCUACUGCUCGUAUCGCCUGGUCGUCUGUCUGCCCAACCUGGCGAUACCCAGUGCGUUCGCCUGUAUGUGCGGAGCGGCUCUCUGCGCCUCUGUCACACAUGCCAUCUCCAUUUCCGUCAUCGUCUUCGAGCUGACCGGUCAGAUCACGUACGUGCUGCCGAUCCUGACGUCAGUUCUGGUCUCGAACGCCCUCUCCCGCCACCUGCAGCCGUCCAUGUACGACAGUCUCAUCAAGGUGAAGAAGAUCACGGUGCUGCCCAAGAUGCGGCUCUCCAACAUUCCCGGAGGAUACGCUAAUGUGACGGCCCAGGACAUCAUGACCACCGAUUUCCCGGUGCUGAGCAACUACAUGACGCUCAACAGCUUGAGGAAGCUGGUUCAUGACAGCGUCAAAACUCCGUCCAAGGUUCUGCCGCUCGUCGACUCGAAAGCCAGCAUGGAGCCGCUGGGUUUGGUGCACGUCCGCCGCGUGCGCCGCUUCCUCCGUGAAGAGCUCGGUCAGGCCGCCUGGCAGCGGGAGAGACCCAAGUUCUACCUCACCAUGAAUGCGUUCAAGACUCUGGACUGGCAGACGGUCCGCGACACUCCAGCGGUGGAUAACCUGGACCUGGAGGUGCCUCCGGAGCCCGAGUCGGAGGACGAAGGAGCCGCCGGCGAGUCAGACGAGGCCACGUCGUCCAACCCCAACGGCCAGAAGGACGGAGUUCGAGUCGAUGCCUACUGCACAGUCCAGGACAACGAUCAGCUCAAGGUGCGCUGGAACCUGAUUCGUCGCAGCACAAUGCGAGCCAAGCGUCCCGUCUGUCUACGAAAGCAGCCGGUAAAGUCGGCACUGAAAAACUCCCCCUCAUCCAGCCACCUCAUGGGCAACAACAGCACGCCCACCAAGGUAUCCUGCAAUCCGGACUCAGACUCGGCUCCGGCUGCCACGUCGACUCCGACCGCCUCUGCGACUCCGACCCCGACUCCGGACUCUGCGGCUGCGCCGAGUCCAAAGCCGAGUCAGGAGAGGAGACUGUCCCGCUUCAGCAUCAAGCGAGUUGACGAGGAUAUGAGACAGGCGGCAAUGGCGGUGCAGCAGCGCCAUAAGGAGAAACUGGCUAAAAUAACCGUGGAGGCCGAUAGGAAGGGCUGGACAGUCGGCGAGGAAGAAGACUCGGGGCAGGGCUCCUCUAUCGAACCAAUCAACACCGCCGCGGCUGCUGACUCCAUGGACUCACUGGACGACGGCCUGACUGACUCCUCCAGCGGGCGAGACUCGCCGGGCGACUCACCUCGCCCCAAACCGGCGGCGGUGCUCUCAGGAGACUCUCCCUCGGGCGGCGCCCGCCCCCGCCCCCGCCCGCGCCCGCGCCGCCCUGGGAUCCCUCUGAGUCGCUCUGGACCUAACCUGGGAGCAGUCACUGAUGAAGUAUACGACUCUAUGACGGAGCAGAGCUCGCGAGCCUCGCGUCUAAAGGACGGGAUGGCGCGCAUGCUGGCGAAGGCGGCGUCUGUCGAUCUCGAGGAGCGCUCUCAGAACACCAAGAAGAGACUGCUGAAGCAGUUCAGCAUGUCUGACCUGAACAACAAGGAUGGAGAUGACAACGGAACUCUGAACAUGGGUCAGCUGAUGAUGAAAACUCUCGACAGGACUGCCAAUAUCUUCACUGCUUUCAAAAUUCCGGGAAGACGACACGGUUCAAUAAGCCACGAUACCGACAACCCCGGUGCCACGAAGCGGCGGCGCCAUCCGAGAAAGACCAAGGACCGUAUUGAAGAGGAGCGUCGCCUGCAGCGAGCGUGGCGCCGCCAGCAGCUGAACAGGGUGGUGUGUCUGGACGAGGUCAUCGAGGUGGAACCGUUCCCGUUGUCGGUGUCAGUGGAGACGCCCAUAGUGCAGGUGCACCGUAUGUUCGCCAUGCUGUGCGCCAACAAGAUGUACGUCAUGGACCGUCGACAGCUGGUCGGAUGCCUGCCGCUACAGCGGUUCUCCGAGUUUAUCUCAGGCGGCCACAUCCACGCAUCACGCGCACCGGCGGCCGCGUCGGACCGCGACCCCACCGACCCGACGCCCGUCUCCGGCUACGACACGGUCGGCUCUGAGAGCUUCUCGCGACGCGCCGAGUCCGACUUUGGCUCACAGGACACCCUGGACAGCAUCGGAGGCGACGAGGAGCCUCCGUCAGCGCACCCGAGUGGUGCCCGACCGCGCUGCCGCCGCCGAGACAGCAGUGGGGUCUAGAGAAGAGGCGUUAGCGGAAGGAGGGUGAUUGUGACUUGUGAGAAGUGUGUGAAGAUACAUUGUGUUUUGGGUAUGAGAGGCGAUGAAGCAUACAUUAAUGUGGAAGUGAGUGGUGAAUUGGACGAGUCUUUGAAGACUUUGUUUGCAAUGUAGGAGAGUGUCAUUCGACUUGUGCUGUGUUUUUGUGAGAAGUACAGGGUCGAACAUGUUCUUUCGCUACUGGUGAAUGUUUUGAGGUGUGUGUAAUGUGAUGUAAGCUCGUUGGAUGAUGCUGUUUCUGAUGAAUAUUUGUUUACGGCGUCAGCGGGAGACUGACGCCUUCAUUGGUCGACCAGUGACCACUGCCUUCGAACUUAUCAUCUACGAACCCAUCAACUACAACUUCGCUUAUUGCUUCUUCUCUUUAGUAUUUUGAGAUUAUUGAUGCUUUACCUGAUCCACAUGAUGAGAUAUUGUCGGUUUGUGAGGGUUCUGUGCAAGUGUUUGCUUCGCAUUGCUGCCUGUCAUCCUCCAUUCUGCUUGUCGGCUGCUUGACUUCGUUCUAUGCAAAGCGGCAGGUCCGCUGCCUCUGCAUAUUAGCUACCUGCCUAACAGGCCUCGUUUCGUCUAACGGUAAUAAGGUAUACAUUUUCAUCGUGUAUUUAAGUGCGACACAUGUCAAUUAACGGCUAAUAUUGUAUCAACUUUGUGUCAGAUAAUAUCCUUGCCGCCGAAGCAGAGAUUCGUUAAGUUGUAUAAGGUCAUUUGCUACAUAUUUCACACUGAAAUGACAUGUUACGGCAUCAAACAUGACCUGAUAUAGUAUUUUGGAAGGAUUUCUGAGAAAUCGCGCGACUUUUUUUGGCAGCCAGGCGCAUGUCAAAGGAAUUUUCGUGUGCAGCAGGUAGGCGGUGGUUAGGGGUAUUUGCAUCAUGCUGAAAAUGCUGGUUUUAGCAGGCGUAUACCAUGUGUUUUUUUUUUUUGUAUUCUUAGGUUGUUGAUAAGAACAAUUAUGUGAGUUUUGAUGUUUUAUUUCACAAGUCUAAGUUAUGCAG